ACGUAAAGGAUUUUCUUUAAUUUUUGCUCUCGAAUUUCAUUUUAAUUAAUUUCUUACACUCUAUAAUAUAUAAAACAAGAUUUAAUAAUUCCUAUUCUGUUGCUAUGUGAAGGGAGCGAGGCGCCGUGCAGAGGCGCCAUGUGGAAGCGCGCUUACUUGAGAUGCUGUUUAUUAUGACUGAGUAUAUACGCAAUGCAACAUCCCGCGGGCCAGUUUAAUGACAUCACAGCCUCCAAAGCAAAGAAAAAAAAACCCGCAGCUUGUGUCAGAAAUAAAAUCAGUCCCUAUCGAAGCCUCUAUGGAUGCAGUUCGCUGUUGGUACUCGCAGACAGACUCGGUUACAACAGCAGCGAGAUAUUAUGAAAGCGACCAGCAUUUUCAUUCUUCUGCUCGUCCUUGGACUGGCUUUCGGACAUGAUUUUUGCAAAGAAGAAUUACGGACGAGUGUGGAUGUGGAGGACGCAGUUUUACUAAAGAAUGGAACUCUUUUGACUGGCGACGGUGACAAUUAUCCUCCCGGCACGUUUUGGAAAGAAGAGGCAGAAGGGCACUGGUGGGUCUGUCCCUGCCUCUUGGGAAACUGCAUCAGAAUCUGUGACAAAGAAUUUGCGGAGGAAGUGAUUAACGCUUUUGGUGAAUUUGAGCCUGUAUCGCAUUUUUUGUGGGAUGAAAUUAUCGAGACAAAUACAACGCCAAUAGAGAGCUUCAAACAAGUACACAGCGCAAAAUGUGACGAUCUUUCUGAUGUUUUGAAAAAAGAACACGUUACAAUACUGGCAAAUGGUAUGAUGCUAUUGGAAAAUGAAACAGAGAUUUAUGACGCCGAGCAUUAUUGUGUGCACCAAAUGGAGGGGAAUUCCAUACAUCUAGUGCACUGUUUGGUCUUCGAUUUUGUGGAAUUCGACGAAUCACUGGACAUUAAAAUUUACUCGACAACUUUAUACAUGAGCUCAAUUUUCCUGAUCUUCACCGUUGCGGCGUACACGUUGAGCCCGCUAAUUAAAUAUUUUCACGGAAAGAGCGUGCUUUGCCAUGUAGCGUGUCUGGCAGUGACUUUCAUCAUCUUGGCUGUCAAAGGCUACAGCUAUCAAAUCGGCGAAUACGACCGAUUCGUGCCAAAGGAACAGUGCUUUUUAAUUGGAUUCAUCCCCAUUUAUUCAUAUCUCGCAUCCAUGUUCUGGCUGAACACCAUGUGCAUCGAUAUUUUCUUCACUUUUAAAGGGAUUUCUCGCACAGGAAAAAACUACUUUGCCAAGUUUGCAAUUUAUUCAUUUUGCGGACCAAUCCCAAUAGUGGCCGUGGCCCUGUAUUUCAACCUGAUCAACGAUGAAGACUCCAUUUUCAACCCAAAUAUUGGAAAUGGUACAUGCUGGAUAAGCGGCGCAGCACAGGAGUGGCUUUACUUCUAUGGACCAUGCUUGAUUUUGCUUUUGGCUGAUUUUGGCUUGUUAUCCGCAACCUGCUGCGCAUCAAGCGGCGAGCCUGUCCGCACCACGGAGGAAACCGACCAGACGGUGCCGCAGGAAAAGGAACGGCGCAGAACGUAUUUAAUGCUCACCCUCGUGGUGUGUUUCACGUUCAUCGCUGAAGCCAUUCCGUACUUUAUUGGCGGGGUCCAAGGUAUCCAACGGAUCUUGAAUAUCAUGAUUAUCUUCGGUGCUUCGCGGGGAGUUUUAAUCUUUUUGCUGCUUGUGUGCGCUGACAAGUAUGUGAGGAAGAGCUUGAGCAGCAGAUGUUGUUGUAAAGGCCAGCGUGGUCAAGUAAUCCAAUAAAUACGUCAUUUAAAAAAUAUUUACCUUAAUAA